UAAAAAAUCUACUCUCUCUCUCUCUCUCUCUCUCUCUCUCUCUUCAAACACUCGAAAAUACGUAUUUAAAUACGUACGGACGGGUUAGUCAGCAGAUCGGAACGGAGGUGGUAGCGGCGGCGGCGGUUUGAUAUUUGAUCUGAUCGUGAUCCAAAUGGCUGAGGACAAGUAUAACCUCAAGAAUCCGGCGGUGAAGAGGAUAUUACAAGAGGUCAAGGAGAUGCAAUCCAAUCCUUCUGAUGAUUUCACGAGCCUUCCUCUUGAGGAGAAUAUAUUUGAAUGGCAAUUUGCAAUUAGGGGUCCCAGGGAUUCUGAAUUUGAGGGAGGGAUUUAUCAUGGAAGGAUCCAAUUGCCUGCUGAGUAUCCAUUCAAGCCCCCUUCAUUUAUGUUGCUGACUCCAAAUGGGCGUUUUGAAACCCAGACGAAAAUUUGCUUAAGUAUAUCGAAUCACCACCCGGAGCAUUGGCAGCCAUCUUGGAGUGUGCGGACCGCUCUAGUGGCACUGAUAGCUUUCAUGCCCACCAACCCAAAUGGUGCUUUAGGUUCUCUAGAUUAUAAGAAGGAAGAACGACGUGCUCUUGCCAUCAAAUCUCGUGAAUCUCCACCCAAAUAUGGGAAUCCUGAACGCCAAAAACUUAUUGAUGAGAUACAUGAAUAUAUGUUAAGCAAGACACCCCCUGUCCCUCAACUCAGCCCUUCACAGGCCUUGGAAGAGCACCCUACUAACAGUGACGGAGAAGCUCAGGCUAAUCAACAGGAUUCCGCUACCAUGGUUGCUGGGAAUGGGCUACCGAACCCAGUAGUAGGUGACAGGGCUGUCGAAGAAGAGCCUCUGGUUCUGGCCAAUGCUAAUCCAGGUACUGCUGAAAUGGGAGUGAGGCCUGCAAGAGAGAUUCCUGCCCGGGAACCAAGUAAUCAGCCACUGCAAAGGCCAGGGAUGAGGGUUCAAAGAUCUGCCGAUGACCGCUUGUUUACAUGGGCUGCCGUUGGACUUACUAUAGCAAUUUUGGUUCUUUUGUUCAAGAAGUUCAUGAAAUCCAGCGGACAUGGUGCUGUUUUUAUGGAUGGUUCGUAGUUCUCGCCUCAAGGAUCUCGGUUGACCUGUACUUGCUUUGCCGUAUUAGUUCAACAAGUAGUAAGAAACCCUUCAAAGACAUUUAUUUACAUCUAUAAUGAAUCAAUCUGUAAUAUAUUAUACCAGCUUGAUAAGUAUCAGCUACUGUAAUUAACAGUAUGUGUCAGCAAUCAAUUACCAUAUAUAUAUAUAUAUAUGCAAGCAUGAUAAAAAUACUUAUGUAGGUUUUGAUUAUUCAA